AUGGGAGACGGGGGGGUCCUGUGUUUUCACAUGCUUCGCUGGGCUGAGUUAUCCAUCAUCAUUCCAGGAGUCGCCUGCCUCAAGGUCCGUCACUCACUCAACCCCAGAAGUAAGGGAGUGAAGGGUUGGGCUGGCAGGAACGAUGGGGGGGGAGUGGCUGGCAGGAACGCUUCCUUUCUUAUUAGACUGCGUCCCCCCCCCCAUUCCACCACACACACACACACACACACACACAUCCCAAGCAAUGAGUCAAUCAGGCAGUCACUGAGUGGAAUACCAAUCCUGGGCUUUAUCUGUCCUGGGUUCGGCCCCAUUGUGCUCUCUCGUCUGCCAUCCGGCCCGCAUCAGCACGCCUUUGUCUGCCCUUACAGGAACCGUGUGACCCCCCCCUCCCUCUGCUGCUGUGUCAGUCCAUGUGAUGUCACACUGAACAGGUCCUUCACUGCACCGGCCCCUUUGUUACAGGGCUGCACUAACUAGAUUGCUGGCACACUGUAGGGAAGGAGCCAGUGGUUUUAGUUGUGUGUUACGAUUCGUAAAUCUCGUUCAGUGUUCUAUAGCAGGGGCCCAGACUUGAGUGACAGGCUUUGUUUUCCAGGGUCUUGGCUCAGGGCUUCUCUGACAGUGGGAGAUUUGAGGCCCUCUGUAAUCCCACAGUACUAACAGUAAGGGCUUCCUACAUGCAUGGCUGAGUUGUCUCAGAAAAACAGAAGGACUCCAAGUUCCUGUCUUUGUCUCCCGUCAUGUUGGGGCUGUUGCUGCUGCCGCCUGUGUGUUCCUGGCUUGUCCUGUCCAACGGUUUGAAACACUAGGUUACAUGUUGAUCAUACUCUGGAGUAGCAAUGUUACCUUAUUAUAACCAUAUUACAGCCUGCGCCAUAGCCGAUCAGCUAGUUAAAUACAAGGCAAAUGAGAGUGAAGUGAAUGUGUACAGUGAUCAGUCCUAUCCACUUCCCUGGACUGUAUCUGGUGAUGGGUCUCUCUCUCUCUCUGUGGCUCUCCCUGGAUCAGCUCACUAAAAGCAGCCCCUGUCGUUUGUGUGCAAUGAUUAAUUUCACUCACUUACCAGCACUCUGACAAAGGCUGCUGCUAGGUACAGCCGUGCCCCCACCCCAACCCCACAACAAGCUGCCAAUGACGUCCUGUCUCUUUCCACAUCUUCUUUAUUCGUAGCUACAGUGAGCAGCAGUCAUUAAGCAAUUGCCUAGCAUUUUGAUUUCCUCAGUCCUCCCCAUUCAAACUAAUGCAAUCACAAGCCUGCCUGCUUAUGGAUGGAUGCCUGGUUUGGUGGUUUGAUCGUACGUGGUACAAUGCUCUGUAAAUAGAUUGUUGAGCUAGUGUGGAGGAGAGAGGAGAGGAGUGCUCACUCAGGGAGGGAGUCAUUAUUAUUGCGGUGGGUGGGAUUUCACACCAGAGAGGAGACUGAGAGAGGGAAAGCUAGGCCCUGGAAACCACCUGUACUGUAGUGUAGCUCACUGAUCUAGCUAGCUCUCUCUGGGAACAGACACAACCCUGUGCUGCUGGGUUAGUUGUGAAUGCCAUGUUCAUAAAGGCUUUUUAAACUAGCAGGGUCACAUUCAGGUGGUAAACAUUUUAGAUUGUUACAGAAGGUAGGCCCCUAAAUGGCAGGUAAUCCAAAGAAAAAGACUAGUAGACUGUUGCAGACAUGAUUCCUUAUUCUACAUGUCAGUUUUGUUCUACAUAACAUAUUUCUAUCUGAAUGUUCCACAAUGUUGUGCGUGCCCCAGGAAUGUUCUGUUAGUCAGUGUUGUUUCUGGGUCACAUAGGUUUAGACUGGUUUUGUAACGUAUCUCUGUCACAGGCAGCCCCACCCCAAGGGGUAGACGGUAGCACCAGGGACAGGGAGGUACUAACAAGGCCUCUACCCCCAGGCAGGGUGUGUCUCUCUGGGCCUGGCUGCUAGAGAGCCUGGGAAAGGGUGGAUCAAUUAGUCUAGCAGUCGCAAAUCAUAUAGGCUAUGUCAUUUCAUCCAAUAAAAUCUGAUGCAUCAUGAUUCUAUAUUAUGGUCCUCUGUAGCUCAAUUGGUAGAGCGUGGCGCUUGUAACGCCAGGGUAGUGGGUUCGAUCCCCGGGACCCCACAUAUACGUAAAAAUGUAUGCGCACAUGACUGUAAGUCGCUUUGGAUAAAAAGCGUCUGCUAAAUGGCUUAUUAUUUAUUAUUAUUAUGAUUCAAUACUGUAAUUGUAUUGUGAUUUGAUGUUCCAAACACAUUUCUUACCAUAGUAGGCUGUGUCUGCUGCAGAGGGACAAGAAAGAAGUUUGAGAUUUUUUAAAAAAUUAUAUUGCUGAGAACAUUUACAUUUUAGUCAUUUAGCAGACACUCUUAUCCAGAGCGACUUACAUGAGCAAUUAGGGUUAAGUGCGUUGCUCAAGGGCACAUCGACAGAUUUUUCACCUAGUCGGCUCGAGGAUUAGAACCAGCGACCUUUCGGUUACUGGCACAACGGUCUUAACCACUAAGCUACCUGCCGCCAUGUUGCCAAUUGGACCUCUGGAGCAAAAGUAGGGGGAUCCACUUCUCCUUCAUUCCUCCAUGUUGUUUUGUUAGCCAAAUCCAGAUGUCACCCGUCCAAAGUACCAGCUGUGACCAUUUACCAUAGUACUGUCUGACCAGUACAUGUCCAGCAUGUAGCAUAGUACAGUCUGCGACCAGUACAUCUCCAGCAUGUAGCGUAGUACAGCCUGUGACCAGUACAUCCCCAGCAUGUAUGCAUCGUACAGGUCUGUGACCCAGUACAUCUCCAGCAUGUAGCGUAGUACAGUCUGUGACCAGUACAUCUCCAGCAUGUAGUGUAGUACAGUCUGUGACCAGUACAUCUCCAGCAUGUAGCAGUAGUACAGUCUGUGACCAGUACAUCUCCAGCAUGUAGCAUAGUACAGUCUGUGACCAGUACAUCUCCAGCAUGUAGCGUAAUACAGUCUGUGACCAGUACAUCUCAGCAUGUAGCAUAUUACAGUCUGGUGACCAGUACAUCUCCAGCAUUUAGCAUAGUACAGUCUGUGACCAGUACAUCUCCAGCAAUGUAGCUAGUACAGUCUGUGGACCAGUACAUCUCCAACAUGUAGCAUGUACAGUCCUGUGAACCAGUAACAUCCCCAGCAUGUAGCAUAGUACCGUCUGUGACCAGUACAUCUCCAGCAUGGGUAAGCGUAGUACAGUACAUCUCCAGCAUGUAGCAUAGUACAGUAUGUGACCAGUACAUCUCCAGCAUGUAGCAUAGUACAGUCUGUGACCAGUACAUCUCCAGCAUGUAGCAUAGUACAGUCUGUGACCAGUACAUCUCCAGCAUGUAGCAUAGUACAGUAUGUGACCAGUACAUCUCCAGCAUGUAGCAUAGUACAGUGUGUGACCAGUACAUCUCCAGCAUGUAGCAUGGCAGCAUUCUACUGCUUGUACUCCACUCCCCAAGCCUCAGUGGGGAAAAGCAGUUGGUUAUAGAUGAGCCUCAGUGGGGAAAAGCAGUUGGUUAUAGAUGAGCCUCAGUGGGGAAAAGCAGUUUGUUAUAGAUGAGCCUCAGUGGGGAAAAGCAGUUGGUUAUAGAUGAGCCUCAGUGGGGAAAAGCAGUUGGUUAUAGAUGAGCCUCAGUGGGGAAAAGCAGUUGGUUAUAGAUGAGCCUCAGUGGGGAAAAGCAGUUGGUUAUAGAUGAGCCUCAGUGGGGAAAAGCAGUUGGUUAUAGAUGAGCCUCAGUGGGGAAAAGCAGUUGGUUAUAGAUGAGCCUCAGUGGGGAAAAGCAGUUGGUUAUAGAUGAGCCUCAGUGGGGAAAAGCAGUUGGUUAUAGAUGAGCCUCAGUGGGGAAAAGCAGUUGGUUAUAGAUGAGCCUCAGUGGGGAAAAGCAGUUGGUUAUAGAUGAGCCUCAGUGGGGAAAAGCAGUUGGUUAUAGAUGAGCCUCAGUGGGGAAAAGCAGUUGGUUAUAGAUGAGCCUCAGUGGGGAAAAGCAGUUGGUUAUAGAUGAGCCUCAGUGGGGAAAAGCAGUUGGUUAUAGAUGAGCCUCAGUGGGGAAAAGCAGUUGGUUAUAGAUGAGCCUCAGUGGGGAAAAGCAGUUGGUUAUAGAUGAGCCUCAGUGGGGAAAAGCAGUUGGUUAUAGAUGAGCCUCAGUGGGGAAAAGCAGUUGGUUAUAGAUGAGCCUCAGUGGGGAAAAGCAGUUGGUUAUAGAUGAGCCUCAGUGGGGAAAAGCAGUUGGUUAUAGAUGAGCCUCAGUGGGGAAAAGCAGUUGGUUAUAGAUGAGCCUCAGUGGGGAAAAGCAGUUGGUUAUAGAUGAGCCUCAGUGGGGAAAAGCAAGUUGGUUAUAGAUGAGCCUCAGUGGGGAAAAGCAGUUGGUUAUAGAUGAGCCUCAGUGGGGAAAAGCAGUUGGUUAUAGAUGAGCCUCAGUGGGGAAAAGCAGUUGGUUAUAGAUGAGCCUCAGUGGGGAAAAAGCAGUUGGUUAUAGAUGAGCCUCAGUGGGGAAAAGCAGUUGGUUAUAGAUGAGCCUCAGUGGGGAAAAGCAGGUUGGUUAUAGAUGAGCCUCAGUGGGGAAAAGCAGUUGGUUAUAGAUGAGCCUCAGUGGGGAAAAGCAGUUGGUUAUAGAUGAGCCUCAGUGGGGAAAAGCAGUUGGUUAUAGAUGAGCCUCAGUGGGGAAAAGCAGUUGGUUAUAGAUGAGCCUCAGUGGGGAAAAGCAGUUGGUUAUAGAUGAGCCUCAGUGGGGAAAAGCAGUUGGUUAUAGAUGAGAUUGAAAUAGAAUUGGAAUGCCUGAGGCUAGAUUGUCUGUGUAUUGUACACCUCAGGGCACAGAAUUACAUAGACCAUAUUAUAUUGUAUCUCUGUCCCAGUGUCUUAAAGAUGAGCUCUGUGAUAUGCAGUUCUUUUGAGAUGGAAGGACCAGUGGAAGUAGGGAAAUCAUUCCCUAAAAUAUUGUUGACCUUUUUAAAUUGUUGACUUCUUUAGGUCAUUUUGGAUUAGAUAGUGCUGCUCCUGUUCAAUACUGAAUUGGGAGGAAAUGGAGAAAAACAAUGUGGCAACUUGGUUUAUUCUGGCCUAAAGCUAUAGGAUCAUCUGUUACAAUUUAGGCUUGGGGUUACAGAAGGGUUGGUGGAAGCCCUAGUCUGCGUCCCAAAUCGCACCCUAUUCCCUACAUAGUGCACUACAUUUGACCAGAGCCCCAUGGGAUGCAGCUCUAGUUUGAGAGACUGUAGUUGUCCUGUUCAACAGGGCUUCAGUUGAGAAGCCCCAGAGCAGUGUUGGAGGAGUGUUGGGACAGUGAGUAAAAGUCGACACGAAACCCUUCCCUGAGGCGAAGGCAGGAAAGGGAAGUGAGAACAGCUGGUGGAAGGCUGCAGCAGUCCCACUCCCUCCUACCAUGGAGCCCCACCUGCAUUCACUUAUCACUGCAGACCAGGGCUCUCAGAAGGAGUAGAGGAGGGAGGACGACAACACCCAACCCUUCAAUGAUAUGGCCUUUUCACCUUAGCCUGAUUUCCAAGUUCGUUAAAUUGACAUUGUUUAGGCUAAUUGCUUUGCUACUCUUAAAGCAAAAGCCUAAUAGCCUGUCUCAGUAAGUGGUCUUCAUCUUUCACGUUUUUUGCGAUUCAUUCAAGACAGCCCAUCUCUAAAUAUUGAUGAAAAUAAAAUGACUAACUUGGUGGAUCCUCAGGAGUUUGGCAAUGCUACCACCCUUGAAGGCACAAGGCCUAUAUACUCCAGAGGCUGCUAGCUAUAUGCUAGCUCUUUGAACCCAGCUCUGUCAGUGCAGGCUAAUGCUAGGCUAACUCUCCAGCUAACCUCUGCAGUCGUGUCCGUGAUUCAAUAAGGAGUUAUUGAGCAAUAAGGGGGAUGAAGAGAGGCUGCGGUAGAGCGAGAGGAGCAGGUCAGUGGGGUUUCCUGGCGGCGUACUCUGGGGAGUGUUUGCUCGGCGCGAGCAGAUUUAAUCACGCUCGGAGCGGCCCUACCUUUCCUCCUGUUGCCAUGGCCUCGGCCGAGGACUGUUGCCGUGCUACACUGGCAGCCUGUUUUGUUUUCCCAGACUCAGUGUAGUGAGGUCACUCACAGUAAUCCUGCUUGGCAUUGGCACAUAGCAACAGUCCCAUUUCUCUUUCUCUCUAUAAUGCCCUAUGUCAGAGAGUGGGCCCAUCAUGUGAGACAGUGAGAAAGGACAGCAUUGUUGCUGGCUUAUUUUUGUGGAGUUCAGCACCAUGUGUCCUAAUAUCAGCAGUGCUUUUUGAACUUGCCUCUACUCUAGUUCUCGGUCUUCCUCACCCUUAAGGACUACUUUAUUUCCUGACUUUCAUCUGCAAGGCCUUUGAUUGCACAUGGGGCCCAGAGAGAGAGGGUGUGUGAACGUGCCUGUGUUCAGAAGCACAAUUCACCAGUGAACGUUGGUGAACAACUUUCACCCUUUUCAAAUACUAAUUUGCUCUAGCCUGCCUGGAGUGCAAGAUGGGAAUGGUUUGCAGUUUUGGGUCUAUUCUCUUGGUCCUUUAAGCCAGGCAAGCUCAAUCAAGCACAAAUAAUGCAGGUAAUCGGGGGGUAAUUAAUGAGCUGACCAUGGCAUUGGUAUUUGGUAAAUAUUUGUUCUGCAGCACAAGGCCGGUGUACAGUGGUUGUGUUCCAAAUGGCACCCUAUUCCCUACAUAGUGCACUACUUUUCACCAGAGCCCUACUGGACCCCCAGCGAUAAUAGAGGGAGGAGUAUGCUCUGCUCUGCUCUCUCAGCACCUUUAUGGUUCAUCAUCAUCUUCUCACUCACACACAGUGACAUCACUGUAGCCAUCGGCCCUGCAAUCUGCUGUGAUGAGGUCAUUUGGAUUUGUUAUGAUCACCAGAUCUGCCGUGAGGCUAGGUCAGCAUUCACCAGGCUGAGCUCUCUGUCUCUCUCCCUCCGUGUCUCUGUCGUCUCUCCUUCUCUUUGCUACAUCUGUGUAGUGCUCCCUCAUCUCUUUUUACUUUCUCUUUUCUGAAUUAGUAUUUCAGCGCUCACUAGGUUUUUCUUUCAGCAUUCUUGUUUCUCCUGUCUUUUGUGUUCUCUUUCUCUUGCUCUCUCUUUUUUAAAUAUCUUGGCUCAGCAAGGAUUUGGAAGUGGGCCUGAUACGCUCCUGAGAUAAUGAGACAUGGAAUGGGACGGCCAUCUUUCUUUUGUCUGUUUAUGUUGAAUGGAGUUUGAUCAGGAGAUGUUUUUGUCUGGUCUGCAUUCUUCUUGAAGACAGCUGGAUUCACCUCACCGUGUCCAGCCAAUGUCAUGUCAGGUCUCUGAAUAACUUCCCCAAAACUUUGCUUUCUAAAAUGGGAAAACUUUUGAGUGGUUACACCACGUUACAACACACAGCCAUUUAUAUGAUAAUUAUCGUGUUUGUUUUCUGUCUUUUUGCUCCGGGGAUAUUUUUACUCCGGGCGGGUCAGAGAGGGACAGUAGUAUUGACCGGAAUGACCUGAGUGGCUAGGCCCUUAGGGAAGACGUGUUGGUGAGUCUCCAAACACCAUACAUUAUAGCAGCCGUGGAAAAACACAGAAAAGGCCCAUCGUAUUUACUGAAUAGUUUAUAACAUUUCUAUAGCAUUUUUCAUUACAAGUAUAGGCCUAAUCUCAAAGUGCGUACUGAGGCACUGCCUUGAAAAAAUGUCUGUUGUCUCAGAGGGAAGCCGAUUGAUUGGGCCCCUGAGGUGUUACAUUAUGUGUGUGCGUAACGGGAUAUUGACCUGAUGGACCUCCACAGAUUAUGACUAAAUCUAUACAUAUCCCAGGUGGGGGUAUGGUGGGGGUGCUUAGUGACGAGAUGGGAGAAGACAGGAGGGAGGAGAGGGAGAGUUAGCGACUGCUUCUCCUGUGUCGUCAUAAUGACAUCAAACUGGAGGUAGUAGAAGUUCCUUUGCUAAUUGUUAUGUAAUUACGGUAGGGUUUGAGAGGGUAGGUAAAUCUGUGUAUCUCCUCUCCCUCUGUUUUAGUAGCAGUCAGGCUGGAUAGACAACUGUGUUCAGGGUGUGGUGCUGCACCUUCUCACGUCGUCCGUCACUCAGUGUAACAGUUGGAGUUUAAACAGGCUAGUAGCCCAAGACCUGAGCUGCCCUUACCUCACUUCACGUCUGUGUGGAGUUGACAAUGACAUCUUUUCUGGGCAGGAAGAAUGAGUGAAUACACGGCUACAUGGCUUCCCGGGCUGUCUCAAUAAAAAACAGUGGGUCUGACCGUAAAACUGUCACUAAAUCAUGACGGACGGUGAGACCCCUUGACAUUAAUCCAUCGGCGGACGGGUUCGCUUCACAGGCCACCGGGUGUAGAAGUGGAGAGGGAGAUAGAGAGUGUUUUUUUUGCUGUGUGAAUGUAUUUUUUUGUUUGUGUGCAUGCAGGUUUCUUGUGUGUGUUUUGUGUUCAUGUCUUGCUGUCGUGUGUGUGUGUCUGUGUUUAAUUACGCGUGUGUGUGUGACAAGACAAUGUGAAAGAAAAAUCAGUAGGUCCUCUGCCAAAAGUGCUCCUACGUGUCAUUGAGGACAGGCAGGUCUAGUGUUGGCAGGCCUGCUCUGCUCUGUUGGAGAUGUAGGCCUGGAACCUGUUUAGUGGCUGUGCUCAACAUGGCCAGUGUCAGUCUGUGGGGAGACUUCUAACUCAUCCCCAUGAAUAACCCUAACCCCCCUUCUCUUCCCUACCCUCCAAAACAUCCCUUCCCGAUCCUCAAGGGGAACAUUUGUCCCCUAGUAAACACACUAGUAAUUCCCUGCUGCUACAUGAAGGCUGGAUAAACACAGAGAUAAAGCCAAAGAGUAGGCCUAACCAUUUUGAUUGAACAACCAUUUUGAUCCCUUGUCUUGAAUUGACUCAUAUAGACAGGUACAUGAAGGGUUUGUUGUGUCAAUAGUGGGUACUCAUAAGUCUACAUUGUGUCCUCAUUAAGGGAUAAGUACUACCCAACACACUACGAUACUUCCUUUUCUGAGGGCAAUAGACUGAACGCACACUUCCUGGGUGAAGCAAGCUGUGGACUCACUCAAUCUGCCCUUGCAUGUUCUGCAGAGCUUAAAAUAAUCUUCAGUUUGCUUGAACCCUUUGUGGGUCGGUCACUACUCCACUAAUGGGAUACCCAGUCAGGCUCCAGAGCCAGCUGCUGCUGUGUCAGAACAUGAUGGCUCUCGCUCUGUUUGUAUCUCUCUCUCUCUCUCUCUGUCUCUCUCUCUGUCUCUCUCUCUCUGUCUCUCUGUGUCUCUCUCUGUCUCUCUCUCUCUGUUUCUCCCUCUUCCUUUCUCUUUUGCUGUUUUUCUCUUCUCUCUAGCCCCCACUCUCUCUUUCUCUAGUGUUCUCCUCAGCUCUAUCCCUCCCCUCAGCCAGCAGUGGGUAAUCUCUCUGAGUGAUGAAUCUAGUUCUAAUGUACUACAGUGGGAUGUAGACUAAAAUCUCUGGAUGAUGUAGGAUGUGAGAUGGAAUAACAUGACCCCAUGCUGUACUGAGUGGUAACAGGAGAUGGGGGAUAACAUGACCCCAUGUUGUAUUGAGUGGUAACAGGAGAUGGGGGAUAACAUGACCCCAUGCUGUACUGAGCGGUAACAGGAGAUGGGGGAUAACAUGACCCCAUGUUGUACUGAGUGGUAACAGGAGAUGGGGGAUAACAUGACCCCAUGCUGUACUGAGCGGUAACAGGAGAUGGGGGAUAACAUGACCCCAUGCUGUACUGAGCGGUAACAGGAGAUGGGGGAUAACAUGACCCCAUGCUGUACUGAGCGGUAACAGGAGAUGGGGGAUAACAUGACCCCAUGUUGUACUGAGUGGUAACAGGAGAUGGGGGAUAACAUGACCCCAUGCUGUACUGAGUGGUAACAGGAGAUGGGGGAUAACAUGACCCCAUGCUGUACUGAGUGGUAACAGGAGAUGGGGGAUAACAUGACCCCAUGUUGUAUUGAGUGGUAACAGGAGAUGGGGGAUAACAUGACCCCAUGCUGUACUGAGCGGUAACAGGAGAUGGGGGAUAACAUGACCCCAUGUUGUAUUGAGUGGUAUCAGGAGAUGGGGGAUAACAUGACCCCAUGCUGUAUUGAGUGGUAACAGGAGAUGGGGGAUAACAUGACCCCAUGUUGUAUUGAGUGGUAACAGGAGAUGGGGGAUAACAUGACCCCAUGUUGUAUUGAGUGGUAACAGGAGAUGGGGGAUAACAUGACCCCAUGUUGUAUUGAGUGGUAACAGGAGAUGGGGGAUAACAUGACCCCAUGUUGUAUUGAGUGGUAACAGGAGAUGGGGGAUAACAUGACCCCAUGUUGUAUUGAGUGGUAACAGGAGAUGGGGGAUAACAUGACCCCAUGUUGUAUUGAGUGGUAACAGGAGAUGGGGGAUAACAUGACCCCAUGCUGUACUGAGCGGUAACAGGAGAUGGGGGAUAACAUGACCCCAUGUUGUAUUGAGUGGUAACAGGAGAUGGGGGAUAACAUGACCCCAUGCUGUACUGAGUGGUAACAGGAGAUGGGGGAUAACAUGACCCCAUGUUGUAUUGAGUGGUAACAUGAGAUGGGGGAUAACAUGACCCCAUGUUGUAUUGAGUGGUAACAGGAGAUGGGGGAUAACAUGACCCCAUGUUGUAUUGAGCGGUAACAGGAGAUGGGGGAUAACAUGACCCCAUGCUGUAUUGAGUGGUAACAGGAGAUGGGGGAUAACAUGACCCCAUGUUGUAUUGAGCGGUAACAGGAGAUGGGGGAUAACAUGACCCCAUGCUGUACUGAGUGGUAACAGGAGAUGGGGGAUAACAUGACCCCAUGUUGUAUUGAGUGGUAACAGGAGAUGGGGGAUAACAUGACCCCAUGCUGUACUGAGUGGUAACAGGAGAUGGGGGAUAACAUGACCCCAUGUUGUACUGAGUGGUAACAGGAGAUGGGGGAUAACAUGACCCCAUGUUGUAUUGAGUGGUAACAGGAGAUGGGGGAUAACAUGACCCCAUGUUGUAUUGAGUGGUAACAGGAGAUGGGGGAUAACAUGACCCCAUGCUGUAUUGAGUGGUAACAGGAGAUGGGGGAUAACAUGACCCCAUGCUGUACUGAGUGGUAACAGGAGAUGGGGGAUAACAUGACCCCAUGUUGUAUUGAGUGGUAACAUGAGAUGGGGGAUAACAUGACCCCAUGUUGUAUUGAGCGGUAACAGGAGAUGGGGGAUAACAUGACCCCAUGUUGUAUUGAGCGGUAACAGGAGAUGGGGGAUAACAUGACCCCAUGCUGUAUUGAGUGGUAACAGGAGAUGGGGGAUAACAUGACCCCAUGUUGUAUUGAGCGGUAACAGGAGAUGGGAGAUAACAUGACCCCAUGCUGUAUUGAGUGGUAACAGGAGAUGGGGGAUAACAUGACCCCAUGCUGUACUGAGUGGUAACAGGAGAUGGGGGAUAACAUGACCCCAUGUUGUAUUGAGUGGUAACAUGAGAUGGGGGAUAACAUGACCCCAUGUUGUAUUGAGUGGUAACAGGAGAUGGGGGAUAACAUGACCCCAUGUUGUAUUGAGCGGUAACAGGAGAUGGGGGAUAACAUGACCCCAUGCUGUACUGAGUGGUAACAGGAGAUGGGGGAUAACAUGACCCCAUGUUGUAUUGAGUGGUAACAGGAGAUGGGGGAUAACAUGACCCCAUGUUGUAUUGAGUGGUAUCAGGAGAUGGGGGAUAACAUGACCCCAUGUUGUAUUGAGUGGUAUCAGGAGAUGGGGGAUAACAUGACCCCAUGUUGUAUUGAGUGGUAUCAGGAGAUGGGGGAUAACAUGACCCCAUGCUGUACUGAGUGGUAACAGGAGAUGGGGGAUAACAUGACCCCAUGUUGUAUUGAGUGGUAUCAGGAGAUGGGGGAUAACAUGACCCCAUGUUGUAUUGAGUGGUAUCAGGAGAUGGGGGAUAACAUGACCCCAUGUUGUAUUGAGUGGUAUCAGGAGAUGGGGGAUAACAUGACCCCAUGCUGUAUUGAGUGGUAACAGGAGAUGGGGGAUAACAUGACCCCAUGUUGUAUUGAGUGGUAACAGGAGAUGGGGGAUAACAUGACCCCAUGCUGUAUUGAGUGGUAACAGGAGAUGGGGGAUAUCCCUGGUCUUAACCAGUUGUGCUCAGGGAGGAGGGGGCACCCUAUCCCCAUCCCCUAUCUGCUACAUAGUGCACUACUUGGUCAAAAGUAGUGUACUAUGUAGGGAAUAGGGUGCCAUUUGGGACGCAUCCUCAGUGAUUACUGUAAUUAACUUGGUGUAUUUGGAGUCAUGGGCAUUAAAUGGCCGGAAGGAGAGAGAUCCACCCGAAGACUGGCAGAUUAUUCAUCUUCUCAUGGGAAUAGAAUUUAAAUGGGAAUGUCACACUCCAGAUGAGGGAGUCAAACACAUGAGAAACAUAAGCCUAGUCCCAGAUGUAUGUGCCUCUCUGAUUCAGCCGCCAACUCUGACUAUUGUUCUACAUGUUAUGUAUGGCAUGACAACAAUGGCACCAGGACUGUUGGCUAAAGAUACAGGUUAUGGACCAGGGUAGAGAUUGACAAGUCUCAUAUUCCCCUUACAUAACAGGGAAACGCAACACCAGUAGUUGAAAGUAUUUGAUUCUCACUCUCCAUUGAAACGUGUUGUAGAUCUGCAGAGAUUGACCUACGUGCUGUUAACUACUCCCAGCCCCCAGGUGAGAACAGUAGGCGUGUGGUAAAAGGCCAGGUUGAGAACAGUAGCAGUGUGGUAAAAGGCCAGGUUGAGAACAGUAGGUGUGUGGUAAAAGGCCAGGUUGAGAACAGUAGGCGUGUGGUAAAAGGCCAGGUUGAGAACAGUAGCAGUGUGGUAAAAGGCCAGGUUGAGAACAGUAGGUGUGUGGUAAAAGGCCAGGUUGAGAACAGUAGGCGUGUGGUAAAAGGCCAGGUUGAGAACAGUAGCAGUGUGGUAAAAGGCCAGGUUGAGAACAGUAGCAGUGUGGUAAAAGGCCAGGUUGAGAACAGUAGCAGUGUGGUAAAAGGCCAGGUUGAGAACAGUAGACGUGUGGUAAAAGGCCAGGUUGAGAACAGUAGGUGUGUGGUAAAAGGCCAGGUUGAGAACAGUAGGCGUGUGGUAAAAGGCCAGGUUGAGAACAGUAGCAGUGUGGUAAAAGGCCAGGUUGAGAACAGUAGCAGUGUGGUAAAAGGCCAGGUUGAGAACAGUAGCAGUGUGGUAAAAGGCCAGGUUGAGAACAGUAGCAGUGUGGUAAAAGGCCAGGUUGAGAACAGUAGGCGUGUGGUAAAAGGCCAGGUUGAGAACAGUAGCAGUGUGGUAAAAGGCCAGAUUGAGAACAGUAGACGUGUGGUAAAAGGCCAGGUUGAGAACAGUAGGUGUGUGGUAAAAGGCCAGGUUGAGAACAGUAGCAGUGUGGUAAAAGGCCAGGUUGAGAACAGUAGCAGUGUGGUAAAAGGCCAGGUUGAGAACAGUAGGCGUGUGGUAAAAGGCCAGGUUGAGAACAGUAGCAGUGUGGUAAAAGGCCAGGUUGAGAACAGUAGGCGUGUGGUAAAAGGCCAGGUUGAGAACAGUAGCAGUGUGGUAAAAGGCCAGGUUGAGAACAGUAGGCGUGUGGUAAAAGGCCAGGUUGAGAACAGUAGGCGUGUGGUAAAAGGCCAGGUUGAGAACAGUAGCAGUGUGGUAAAAGGCCAGGUUGAGAACAGUAGCAGUGUGGUAAAAGGCCAGGUUGAGAACAGUAGCAGUGGGGUGAAACCAGCUGUCUCUGGGUCUUACUGUCAUCUCCUGUCUGUACUGUAUCAUGUUGCCUAGUGAGGGUGUGUGUGUUCGAAAAAGGGAUUUGGAAAACGGAGUUCCCCUGGAAUCUGAACUGCUGGCCCUGAUGGUUGGUCCCCCUUUCCUGGAGAAUGGUGACUAGAGAUGGUGAGAUCAUCUGUCAGAGUUUGAGGGGAGGAGGAGAGUAGGGUGGAGGGGUUAAUGUGUGUAGGUCAGGGCUGCGUUUUGGCACAGCUGUGGCACCUCUGCAGGAUGGGUACCACAUCUGGAUCAGCAGAGUAGGGUGCGCGCGCGCGGAUAUCAAGGAAACGUAAUAAUACAACUAAUUGUUGACAUUGAUUUCAUAGACAUACUGACAGAUCAGAGGGUAGUCGAGGAAAGCCUCAGUGGAUUUUGUUCCCAUUGAUUGGUUUUCAUUACCUGUCACAAGCUAUUCUCUUCUCAUUGCGCGAGAGAGACGGAGGGAGAGGGAGAAGGUCGGGUAGACCGGUUGGCUGACAACGUCAUGAAAACGAUGCACACGCUUCAAUGGGGCAGGAGGGCAGGAGCUGUUGUGAUUCUGGAUGGUCAGAUGGCAACAAUGACAAGAAACUGCCAUGUGGGGAAUCGUAGGUGGCUCGUUUCAGCUAGUUUCAUCUUGUUCUUGAUACCAUGUGUUGUUCUGAGGUGUUUUGACUGAUGUCACGUCUAUGCUAAUAUGGCAAAAAUCCGCUAGCUAAGCAACAACUGUAACGAUGUAUUUGAGACAAGUGCUCAUUGUGCAAAUGUAUUUAUGUUUUCAAUAAACAUUGGAGACUAAAUAUUGUUUACAUGUUGUCAACAAUCUAAGCCAACCUGUCUGUUUUGCCCCAUAGUUGCGCAAGCGUCGGUUUUGUUGCUAAACAACCAACCCGUCUAUAGUGUUCUCUCCUCAACUCCCUUGUGAGGAAGCUUGUGAUGACAUUCCACAGAGAAAGCGUUUCCCCCAUCAACAGGUGCAUUAUCAUAUUAAUGAGGUCAAACAUUUCUGUGACCAAAACAAAGAGGAAUAAAAAAAUGAGAGAUGCAUUAUUUAUUUAGGCACAGCCACCUCCGCUAGAGUUUCAGGUCGUUGUGUAAUUCAAAUCCAGUGUGUCCAAUGGCCAUUAGCCUUAACCCCCUUGAACACAGCAUCGAAAGCAAGCACGAAGUCACAAUCCUCAGUGGACUCAAUGAAUUUGUAGUUAAGUUUUAUGGACAACAAGGAAGUAAGUGUUUUUUCUUAUUCAAAUCAUUUCUAUAGAUGUGAGCUGCUCAUGUUAUGGAAAUGUUUCUGUCCUAUUUACCUAUUAACUGCCUUAUGUUUUUAUGUCCCGCCCCUAAUCAAAUAACUUCAUACAUUCUCCAUUGUUAAAGUGAUCGCCUAGUUCAUUACAAAAUGAUCCCAGACUAAACCACUUUUGAGGUCUGAAAGCGUCUGACAAACGUUUACUUUGAAGUGGAAAACCACUAACUAUCACUUCCAGACAACAGGUUUCAAGUAUGUUUUCAUACUGUAUGUCAUGUCAUGAAUCACUAUCAUGUCUGAUGUUUACUCAUAACAGAGUACCACAACAGAGAUUGAGUUAAGAUGGUCCCAUUGGACUGAAGCCAGGCCCUCCGGUCAGCUACCACAACAGAGAUUCAGUUAAGAUGGUCCCGUUGGACUGAAGCCAGGACCUCCGGUCAGCUACCACAACAGAGAUUCAGUUAAGAUGGUCCCGUUGGACUGAAGCCAGGACCUCCGGUCAGCUACCACAACAGAGAUUCAGUUACGAUGGUCCCGUUGGACUGAAGCCAGGCCCUCAAGUCAACUACCACAGGAAUGUCAGCCUCCUGUUCUGUUUUGAACGCUGAGUGAAGUUCACGGGGGCAGGAGAGGAAAAUGGAUUGGAACGUGGCCUGUAGAGGAGGUGUAGGUGGAGAUACUUCACACUGUGUUUUUCACAACAUCUGUCUCACCAAACCCUCCCCUGAUUCCACAGCAAUAAAGAGAGGAUGUGUGUGUGUGUGGUUACGAUGCAGACAGAACAGUAUUCUGAGAAAGGACUCUUUGGAGUACAUACACUAGUGUCUGUUUUCUGAGUGUGUGCAUGCAUGUGCUGUCCCGUUCCAGUUCGGCACCACGCUCUUAUUCUGCGCCAGGUAUUCUGGUAGUUCAUGACACACACAACCCCUCUCCAUUGGAACCCAGUCAUGGGAUGUCUUUGUUAUAGAGAUUGAUCUGGAAGUAAAGAACUCUUCGCUGCCUAUGGCUAAAAUACUCUACUGCUCAUUUUACCAUUAUGCUGCCUGUUCCUCUCACUGUUGAUGUCAGUGGUAUAGAGAAGACUGUUCCUCUGACUGUUGAUGUCAGUGGUAUAGAGAAGACUGUUCCUCUGCUGUUGAUGUCAGUGGUAUAGAGAAGACUGUUCCUCUCACUGUUGAUGUCAGUGGUAUAGAGAAGACUGUUCCUCUGCUGUUGAUGUCAGUGGUAUAGAGAAGACUGUUCCUCUGACUGUUGAUGUCAGUGGUAUAGAGAAGACUGUUCCUCUGCUGUUGAUGUCAGUGGUAUAGAGAAGACUGUUCCUCUGACCAGUGUGAAGACUGUUCCUCUGCUGUUGAUGUCAGUGGUAUAGAGAAGACUGUUCCUCUGCUGUUGAUGUCAGUGGUAUAGAGAAGACUGUUCCUCUGACCAGUGUGAAGACUGUUCCUCUGCUGUUGAUGUCAGUGGUAUAGAGAAGACUGUUCCUCUGCUGUUGAUGUCAGUGGUAUAGAGAAGACUGUUCCUCUGACCAGUGUGAAGACUGUUCCUCUGCUGUUGAUGUCAGUGGUAUAGAGAAGACUGUUCCUCUGACUGUUGAUGUCAGUGGUAUGGAGAAGACUGUUCCUCUGACUGUUGAUGUCAGUGGUAUAGAGAAGACUGUUCCUCUGCUGUUGAUGUCAGUGGUAUAGAGAAGACUGUUCCUCUGACUGUUGAUGUCAGUGGUAUGGAGAAGACUGUUCCUCUGACUGUUGAUGUCAGUGGUAUAGAGAAGACUGUUCCUCUGACUGUUGAUGUCAGUGGUAUAGAGAAGACUGUUCCUCUGACUGUUGAUGUCAGUGGUAUGGAGAAGACUGUUCCUCUGACUGUUGAUGUCAGUGGUAUAGAGAAGACUGUUCCUCUGCUGUUGAUGUCAGUGGUAUGGAGAAGACUGUUCCUCUGACUGUUGAUGUCAGUGGUAUGGAGAAGACUGUUCCUCUGCUGUUGAUGUCAGUGGUAUGGAGAAGACUGUUCCUCUGACUGUUGAUGUCAGUGGUAUAGAGAAGACUGUUCCUCUGACUGUUGAUGUCAGUGGUAUAGAGAAGACUGUUCCUCUGCUGUUGAUGUCAGUGGUAUGGAGAAGACUGUUCCUCUGCUGUUGAUGUCAGUGGUAUAGAGAAGACUGUUCCUCUGCUGUUGAUGUCAGUGGUAUGGAGAAGACUGUUCCUCUGCUGUUGAUGUCAGUGGUAUAGAGAAGACUGUUCCUCUGCUGUUGAUGUCAGUGGUAUGGAGAAGACUGUUCCUCUGCUGUUGAUGUCAGUGGUAUAGAGAAGACUGUUCCUCUGACUGUUGAUGUCAGUGGUAUAGAGAAGACUGUUCCUCUGCUGUUGAUGUCAGUGGUAUGGAGAAGACUGUUCCUCUGACUGUUGAUGUCAGUGGUAUAGAGAAGACUGUUCCUCUGCUGUUGAUGUCAGUGGUAUGGAGAAGACUGUUCCUCUGCUGUUGAUGUCUUGGUAUAGAGAAGACUGUUCCUCUGACUGUUGAUGUCAGUGGUAUGGAGAAGACUGUUCCUCUGACCAGUGUGAAGACUGUUCCUCUGACUGUUGAUGUCAGUGGUAUGGAGAAGACUGUUCCUCUGACCAGUGUGAAGGGCUACAGCCCUGCAGUGUCAAGUCCAUAGGUUUUCUAUGGUUAAGUCUCUCUGCUGUAAUCCUUGUACUGAUAUUAAGUAUCUCCCUCAAUGAUGUCAUUAGUGUAUAUAAUAAUAAUAAUAAUAAUAAUAAUAAUAAUAAUAAUAAUAUGCCAUUUAGCAGACGCUUUUAUCCAAAGCGACUUAGUCAUGCGCGCAUACAUUUUUGUGUAUGGGUGGUCCCGGGGAUCGAACCCACUACCUUGGUGUUACAAGCGCCGUGCUCUACCAGCUGAGCUACAGAGGACCACAAUAUAAGCCUACCAGACCUGGGUUUAAAUACUAUUUCAGAUAUCGCAAUUACUUUCACAUACAUUUGAAGUAUUCAGAUAUCUUAUAUUUGAAAAGACAAGUAGUUGAAUAUUUUUAUGUAUUUGGAAAUACACUUGGAAAGUAGUUGAUAUACUCAAAUACACUCCCAUGUAUUUGGAAAUGCUGUCAACUUUCUUUCUUUUUUUAUAUAUAUAUUUUUUUACAAAUAACCAGUCAAAUGCUCAAAUAAAAGUACUUGUUUGGGGCUGUGUAUUUGAAAAUACUCAAAUACAGAUUUAUUUUUAAAAUGCCAGAUACUCAAAUGCACAUGAAUUUGAACCCAGGUCUGAAGCCUACAUGUCUAUGUACAUAAAUGGAGAAGAAGGCACUGCACACCGCAAUCUAUGUUCCUAAUGUGGUUUAUUGGUGAAAAUGUUGGUCACCAAUCAACCACAUGACAGCAUAGGUCUAGAUUAGGAAGUGCAGUCUCUAAUUCUACCAUUUACCGAACUGUUUUGAUAUUCCAGCAGCUGCUCAAAGAUAUUGGAUGUGCAUAUGUGAUCUUUUCCUGUAGCAUGUCUGUUAUCCCCCUCCUCUCUCUCUGUCUCCUCCCAUCCAGCAGCGUACGAGGGGGGCGUCUGGAAGGUGCGAGUAGAUCUCCCGGACAAAUACCCUUUCAAAUCCCCGUCAAUAGGUAGGGGGUUGGCAUGGGGCCGCUGGGGUUCAAUUCAAAAGGUAGGGGGUUGGCAUGGGGCCGCUGGGGUUCAAUUCAAUAGGUAGGGGGUUGGCAUGGGGCCGCUGGGGUUCAAUUCAAUAGGUAGGGGGUUUGCAUGGGGCCGGUGGGGUUCAAUUCAAUAGGUAGGGGGUUGGCAUGGGGCCGGUGGGGUUCAAUUCAAUAGGUAGGGGGUUGGCAUGGGGCCGGUGGGGUUCAAUUCAAUAGGUAGGGGGUUGGCAUGGGGCCGGUGGGGUUCAAUUCAAUAGGUAGGGGGUUGGCAUGGGGCCGGUGGGGUUCAAUUCAAUAGGUAGGGGGUUGGCAUAGGGCCGGUGGGGUUCAAUUCAAUAGGUAGGGGGUUGGCAUGGGGCCGGUGGGGUUCAAUUCAAUAGGUAGGGGGUUGGCAUAGGGCCGGUGGGGUUCAAUUCAAUAGGUAGGGGGUUGGCAUAGGGCCGGUGGGGUUCAAUUCAAUAGGUAGGGGGUUGGCAUGGGGCCGGUGGGGUUCAAUUCAAUAGGUAGGGGGUUGGCAUAGGGCCGGUGGGGUUCAAUUCAAUAGGUAGGGGGUUGGCAUAGGGCCGGUGGGGUUCAAUUCUCAGUUCACACACAAAAUAUAGAUAUCUAUUAUUAUUGUCACAAACACCGGAUAGGUUCAGUUUUACGUAUUGCUCAUCUUCUUUAGCUGUUGUUUUUUCUCUUUCGUUUGCAGGAUUCAUGAAUAAAAUCUUCCAUCCCAACAUCGAUGAAGCGUAAGUUGAUCACGACUUCGGAUUGAAAGGAACACUGAAAUAGUACAGGGUGUCCUCUUUCAUGAGUCUCAUUACCUUAACCUUGUCUUGUGUUGCUGGAGCUUUUCUAACCACAAAUCCAUCUUAAGCCACCAGCCCUAACCUUAACCCUGGCCCUAACCUUUUGACCCUAACCCGUAGUGAAGAACUAAUAGCUAAUGAGCUUGCGCAUGCAUCUAGUGACCAUCUAGUGAUGACCUUGUUAAACACUUGCAUGCCCAUCUCUAAGGUCCUGUAGCAUAAUCUGAUUCAAUUUUCAUUGAAUGUCCAUUCAAAGACAUCAAAGGUUUGUUUGGCUUGUCUCCCAGAUCAAAUGGUGAGAGUGGGCAUUGGAGGAUUCAAAACACAGAACAACAGUCUGAUCCUCUAUGUUAACUGACCAUAAUAAUCUGUCCUGAAUACAAAACAUGAAAACACUCAUGAUGAAAACAUUGCCUCAUGCAUUUCAGGGGUGAAUUUUUAAAUGAAUGUAUUCUCCUCUGUCACCAACCUCACUUUGGGCCGCUCCUCACUGUUGUGUAGAGAGGAAGUGUCUAUGAGAGCCUCCUUAACCCCCUCUCUUCUCCUCUCAUCUCCAGGUCAGGAACAGUGUGUUUAGAUGUCAUCAACCAGACGUGGACGGCCCUUUAUGGUGAGUGGGGUGGCUCAGAGCUUGGGUAUGUGUGUGUUUGUCUGUUUAUGCAUAUGUGUGACACAGGCAACCUGUCCAGUGUAAAAAAUAAUUUUAAAAAAAUGGCCGCUGGCGUCACUUGAGGAAAAAGUAGUGGGUGUGGCUUCAUGUAGGAGCGGAGCGCGGUCAGCUACCCACAGUAAGAGGAUUACAGGGAAAAGGCCUGAGCCAGCAAAGUCAGAAAAAAGGUGGGCCUAGCUGCAUCUCCUCACACUAAUAAUUAACAACUCUUCAGCUGAGAGAACAGAACCGCACUGGUUCUUGUUCUCUGUCUCUGUGUGCCUCUGUUUCUCACUCUGUCCUCAUCUCUUACCCCCCUCCAUAUUGCAAUUAAUUCCUCAGUAAUAAUGACCAGUCUCUCUACAAACUCGUUCCACGGAGGGCUGAGUGUCUGCGGGGUUUCUCUCCGCCUUUGAACUUGAUUGAUGAAUUAUGAUCUCUGAUUUAGUAAGGAACUCCCCUCACCUGGUUGUCUAGGUCUUAACUGAAAGGAGAAACCAAAAACCAGCAGCCACUAGGCCCUGCAUGGAAUGAGGUUGACCCCCCCUGCUCUACACGGUUAAGACAGCAGCACACUGGUGUAGAUGACCUUGUGAUUAUCCACAACAGAUGUUUCAUUAGCUCUCACUAUUUACUUUCACUGGGGUUUUCACAUGAACCCACACGGGAUGCCAAACAUGGCUAUAACUUACCACUGCACUUAUAGAAACUGAUGUUUCUAGAGACUAAUCAAUAUGGAACGGAAUGGAUUUCUUAUCAGAAGAUUACAGAGUUAUUACUGAAGUUCUGAAGCCUCCCAGGUUCAUUCUGCGCAUGGUUCGUUCUGUGUGUUUUGGACCGCGGCUUUGUUUUUGUUCGAGAUAAGUCACUCAAGUUAAUUAGGCAAUAUGGUUGAUUUGGCUACUGUGGGCUUUGCCAGUGUUUUUGAAUGGACUUUGAGAGCUCUAACAAAUUAGCUUUCCAGAACUGUAGUGGAGGGGUUGGGACAAAAACAACCCAAUCAAUGAAGCAUUGUCUACUUUAGGUCUUGAUUAUGGGUAGGGACCAAAUACACUUGAUUUGAUGUCUAAAACACUGGGUUACAGUCAGUCUAAAGUUUUACCCAAUAAUGUGUAUUUUCAGAUCAUAUUUGUACUUAACCAAUAGAGACACCCAGUCAAUGGAUAUCAACCCUGUAUUGCUGAUGCUGUGAUUUGGCCAUUGAGAGGUUUUGAAGCCACCGGUCGGCUAUAUGGGCGAUAUGCACAGGCGAGCAUGACGUAUUUCCGGUUAAAUCUCAGGAUGGAUGUAAACUUCCGGUUAUCGUAGAAUGCUGUGCUACCGUAUGCUAGCAUUGAAUGCUUGUCGUCAAAAACAUCCGAAACGGUUAAUUUUCGUUGUUGUUGUUUAUCUUAAUGUUUGUUAAUGUUUUUACUUGUAAUACUUCGUCUUGACUUAUAACACGAUGACGUGUAAACGUACGAAAGUGUCCUUUCAAAAACGGGAUGACAGCUCUUCCAGCCAUCACUGCUGUGUGCCGCAAUGUACAGUGUCUGCCAGAUGCAAUUCUUCUGUUAGUUUUUUUACUUUUCCCAAAGACAGUGAAUUACAUAAACGGUGGGUGAUUAACAUUUGACGAGUCAACUUUCUUACAACAAACACACGAGUCUGCAGCCGACACUUUCUAAGUGAAGAUGUGAUAGAGCCUCCGACGGAGAGAUGCUAGUAUGCAUGUGACACAACUGUCUGGUAUUGAAAUGAUACAAACCAUUGUUCGUGGUUUAUGCCACUUCUGCUCUGUUUCAGUGCACGAAAGUACAGGAGGGACGACAGACAUGCCACAUUCAGAGUAAUGGGCAGUCUGAUAUAGUAAUGCAACUAGCUUUUAACAAGCACAACUGGCUGUGAAUCACGCAAUGUCAUCUGAAAUACACAGAAGCAUAAUUGAAUGGGUUUUGAAAGACGAGGGUCUGCAGCAGCAGGAGUAGGAGCAAAACUUGUUCUUUCUACUUUUUACUGGUGUAAGCAACUUAUCUACUGUCUCGUGUCACUUUUGUGCUUUCUGCAUCACUUUCCUACUGUCUUGCACCACUUGGCUAUACUGUCUCCCACCACUUACCUAUUGUCUUGUGCCAUUUACUUACCUUCAAACAGUAUUGGCAGAGCAGUAGGUGAGUGGUGCAACAUUGUAGCCUAGUACCAAUAACAACAGUAGAGUGAAGGUUUUGCUCCUAAUUCCUCUUGAAAAGUAGAAACAUCAAGUACAAAAGCAAGGAAGUUGGGCCAUAUGUUUAUAAAGAAAGAAGUAAAGAUGACAGGACAGUUUUGAGUAGAACAUCAGCAGUUUGAAGAAUAGCUGAGUGGAAUAUGUUACUGUCAUUGCAGUCCUCAAGUCAGGAAAAAGUAGUAAUCUCAUUAUUGUUUACAUUUCAAACCAAACUCCAAUUUGUUUCCAACAGACCCGACAACAAAGCAUGGCAAUUCCCACUCAGCUACCCUGGUCUGUAUUAGGCUACCACUGUUCAGCUAUCGUGAAAACCACUACAGUUCUAAAGUGUUCUCUUAGCAAUGGCAAUCAAAGCUGUGGUAACAUUAAACGAGUAAAACAUGUGUUGAACUGAACUUUGAACAAGUUCAACAGAACUUUGAAAGUGUCACUUAAUCUAGUGCUACUCUCAGCUGGUGUGGUGGCAUUAGUUUCUUCAUUGAGCGGUAGCAGUGGGCUCUCACAGAGAUCUCAUUUGUAGCCCUGUUUUUACCUGAUACUUUCAUAAAAGUACAAACACAUGAAGUGAGGUAUAUACACAUGAUUAAACUUUAUUUAAAGCAUUGAUUGAUUUAAAGCAUGAUUAACCUGAAGCAGGACGGAGUCAUGACUUAAAACACCAAAGCAAGGCUUCUAGCUCAGGCUAGCUAGCGUUAGCAUAUUACCUUCAAAGUUGCAAAGAAAAUAAGAAAUGUAAAAUGUGAAGCCUUUAUCCAGUUUGCUACGUGGUGUCGUACUGGAUGUCCGGACGACCCUCCGUAUAUCAUUAACAGAUACUUUAGGCAACUCCAGCAAACACCUUGUAAACUUCAUCUCUGCCAUCAUAACGGUCUACUGUCACUGUCUAAUGCUUUUUUGCGGUAACCGGAAAUGUCCAAGCAUCCUUACGCCAAUGCGGAAGUGAUGCGUGCAUAGAGCCUAUUGGCACUCCCCAGUAGGAGCAGUACUCCAUAGGAAUUAAUGGAAUUCUACAGUAUUUCAAUUAAAUGUUUCAAGGACUAUAUUACAUGUAUUUAAGUAUUUUGUUGUUGUAGUGGGGACAAUAACAUUAAUAAUCUACAAAAAUUAUACUUUAAGGAAAAUGUUUUGUAUUUAUUCAUUAUUUGUAAAUGUUUAGCUUACAUAAUAUAAUUGAAAGUAUACAUUAAAGUGUCUAUAAUAAAUGUGGUAAAAACGAAUGUAGACAUUAUUCAACUGAUUUCUAUAGCUUCCAAUGGAGGGGGAGUGCCAAGAUGGAGGCACUGUGACUUCAACACAGCGCUCCCUAGCAGUCAUCUAGUAUAUAUAUAUAUAUAUAUCAUUGCAUCCAGUAGACAUCUGCAGCAUUGCACAUUUUCCAUUGAGCGUUAAUUUUCUUGCAGAGACAAAGCAAGGCCUGCAACCGUAUGUCUAGUGGAAGGGCCUUCCUCUGGCAGGAUGUUUUUUUUUUUUUUUUUUUACAUAGAGGCCCUUUACUCAUCACUUAUCCUAAAAUGAUUGGAUAGGUGUAAGCAAGGGUUCGAUUACAUAACUAUCACCUAUCCGGUCAUGUCAAAUCUGCAGUUAUGUCGGAAAGGAUGUUUUUUUAAAGAAUGCUUUAAUUGUAAAAGUCAAUAUUUUAGCAAAGUCUUAGUUCAUUGUGGUCUGUUUUAUCGAUAUCUCUGUGUCUCGCUCUCGCUCUCUCUCUCGUCCACUCCCACAGAUCUCACCAAUAUCUUUGAGUCGUUCCUGCCUCAGCUGCUGGCAUACCCCAACCCCAUCGACCCGCUGAACGGAGACGCGGCCGCCAUGUACCUCCACCGGCCAGAGGAGUACAAACAGAAAAUCAAAGGUACGCCUCGCUCCAUACGCCUUGCUUUACUCAGUGUUGUCUGUGCCAAGGGAAUUCAGUAGUGCAGUAGAUACCCCUGCCUUAAGCCAAAGUCCACCCUUUGUUCAGAUCUGAUAUACUAAAGUGUGUGUCUUGUCUGUCACUCCUGGCUGUUGCUUUGUUCCCUGUUUUAAAGCGCCCGUGUCUGCUCCCUGGCUCGGAGCUCUUAGCCAAUGAGGAUGAGUCUUACUGACCCUGCUGCCUUGCUCUCCACAGAGUAUAGCCAAUGAGGUUGAGUGUUAAUGACCCUGCUGCCUUGCUCUCCACAGAGUACAUCCAGAAAUAUGCAACCGAGGAGGCUCUCAAGGAGCAGGAAGAGGGCCAGGGCGACUCCUCAUCGGAAAGCUCCAUGUCGGAUUUCUCUGAAGACGAAGCCCAGGAUAUGGAGUUGUAG